CGACUUGCACGCACCCACCGUCCGUUCGUUGUCAAAAAAACAUUCUCAACCCGUCGGAUCUCUCCCCCAGGAAGAACGACUUUCAAACACCGUCUCUCCCAAUAUGUCUUCUUUAGAGGAGCUGGUAACGGCAAGGGCGGCUCCGGGAGAUUCAUCAGGCCCCGUGGAAAACAUCAGGUUGAGGCCAUACAAUCAGACGUUGUACGAGCGGCGCAAAAGCUCCGCUUCACAACAACAGCAACAGCAACAGCAAUCGAAUUGGGAAGCCCAUUGGGCACUCCGCCGUCAGCAGUAUCUUCGUCCAUUGCUGCAACCUGUCCCAUGGAUUCUGCCGCGUUUCGGGAUCCGCACCUCAUACGGUGAAGCUGGAUUCUGGACCCUCUAUACAAUUGUCUGCAUCGCUAUUCUUGUUGCUAUGCUGCCCGCGGCCAUCACCUUUCUCCCGGAUGCAAAUUCCACUCGUCACCACAAUGAUGACAACCCGGUCAACGAUCCUGCCAGUUCACUAGGAACCCUCGGAACCCUUCUGAUGACAUUGGCACUAUUGCCCGUCAGCCGCAACGGAAUCCUCACCCUCUUGCUCAACCUAUCAUUCGAACGUGGAAUCAGAUUUCACCGCUGGCUAGCGUACGUCGCUAUCGGCUUCAUCAUCGCGCAUGGAGCCGCCUACAUCGGCUUUUACGGUCGGACCAACGUCUCUCCUGACGGCAUAGGGAGCCUGCUCUGGGACGGCGUAUUCAGCGUCAACUUAAGCGGGUUCAUUUCGUUGUGCUGUGCCGUUGCCCUCGCUCUAACCUCGCUACCAUGGAUCCGUCGCCACAUGUUCGAAUUCUUCUACCGCGUCCACAUCCCGCUGUUCCUAGGCUUCGUAGUGUUUGCGGCCAUCCACCGUGGGACAGCAAUCGGCAUCCUCGCCGUGCCCAUCCUCAACUGGGCUCUCGGCGUCGCCUUCCAAAUCCGCAGCGUCCGCAAAAAAGCAAAAAUGCUCUCCCUCAAACUCCUGAAAGACGGCGUCACCCGCCUCGAAUUCGACAAGGAGAAAUUCAACUAUCAUGCCGGACAGUACGUCUUUAUCUGCAUACCCAAACUCAGCUGGUUCGAAUGGCACCCUUUCUCCAUCAGCACCUCCCCGCACGACCAGCACGUCUCCCUACACGUCCGCACCCUUGGUCCCUGGACAGCCUCGCUCGCCAAACUCGCCGUAUCUCUCGAACAACAGCCCGCCGGCGAACCCCUCCCUAUCCUCCUCGUCGACGGCCCCUACGGCACCAGCACGAUCCCUCUCAACGAAUACAAGAACUUCCUCCUCAUCAGCGGCGGCAUCGGCGUCACCCCCAUGCAAUCCAUCUACAACGACCUCGUCCGCGACUGGCGCGCCGCACACCGUGAGUUGCGUCACUGCCGGUUCAUCUGGUCCGUCCGCGCGACCGGGGCGUACGAUUACCUCCUCGACGAAGAGACCCAGCGGUCGCAUAGCAAGCACAACGGGCUGGGCGUGCUGCCCCCGUUCCAUACACCGAUGCUGUUGGAUGAGUAUCAUGCGAACCGCGCCGCGAGAGGUGAAACACAACCCACCAACGAAGCCCCCGUUCUCGCAACAGAAUUCUACCUCACCAGAGGCGAUGUCGCAGCAGUGCAGGAACAAGCCACGGAGGAAGGGAGGCAACUGUGGGUUCGGCCAGGCCGACCGGAUUUGAAUGCGGCGUUUGAGUUGAUGAGAACCCAGCAUGGCGGGGAACGGAGGUGUGCGGUUUUGGUGUGUGGACCGAGGGGGUUGGUGAGGGAGGUGAGGAGGAAAUGUUUGGAGUUUGGGAAUGCGGGGAUGGAGUUUGAUUUGCAUGUGGAGACUUUUGAACUGUGAGCAGUGGGACUCUGCAUGUGGAUACUGUAUAUAGGCCGAGUGACUUUCAUCCCCCUAAUUCUUUGUAUAUACUCCUUUGUACAUCCCCUCCUUGUCUUACCAUAUCGUCUGCCCCUUUCAACUUUUCGGACUGUUUACCCAGCUGGUGUCGUCACGGUAAGAUUUGCAAACCGUCCUAUGGUGGUUCUUCCCUCCCGCUGCCUCCAAGCUUGAACGACGCUGGGAG